CAGCUUAGAUUACGAUCUGGUGUUUAUAUCCCAUUUUGCUCACUAAGCGGCACUCUUGCAGGCAGGGAAUUUUCCCGAGGUAUAGCCUGUUUGCGGUGUUUUGCGCUGUAUUCAGUAAGUAGUAAGACCAGUUUGGCUCUGGUUGGGCCUUCUUCGCGUUGGUGUCAUUCAGUCAUAGCAUAGACUUGUGUUUUUGUCUGGAGCGAUAACCCACGACUUCAUAGUAUGAAUCAUGAAUAACAACAGCCCACGAAAGAAUAAUGGAUAUGCUCGUUUUGCUUCCAAGCCAAGUUACGACCAACAAGAAGUUGGGUUAAUUGCAGGUGCAGACGAUGAUGACACUGUGGAUGAUUUGGUUUACAGGGAUGAUGUCAAUGGCAUGGAUAAACCAGAUGAGAAUACUGAAACAAAAUAUUCAAUGCGAGUGAGUAUGGAGAGGAUGAAUGGUGUUAAUGUCAAAACAACGCAUUCCACAAGUUGCAAGUUGAAGUUUAUUGUUACAUUAUGUGGCUCCAUUAUAAUAAUCGGCAUGAUUCUUAUUUUACAUUUCUACAAUAAUCGCCCAAAGACUAUCAGCAUUGGGGAUGGACCCUAUGGCCUUGCACAACUGUGUUUACAUGACAGGUCUCUGAAAAUUUUAGACCACAUGAAGAAUAUUAAAAUGGAAAUCUCAAUUGCAGGAGAUUCUUUUCCUUCAAUUGAAUAUGACCAAGCGUAUAACUGUAACAAAGAUCCAGCAACUAUGUCUGGUGUGUGCUUGAGAUGGCCUGAACAUAAUACCACAUUGAGCAUUAUUUCGGUGAAAAUUCCGGUUUCUUCGCCACCGAGUGAUGCUCUUCAGUGCUUUAAGGUUUCAUGGUCUUACAAGCAUGAUUACAUACCUGAAGAUUGUAUAUAUCUAGACAGUGUUGAUAAUGGUGAAAUAAUCGGACAAAAUGUCUGGUUCGAUACUCAAAAUUAUGUUCUCUGGCCUCGAAUUCAAGAUUCAUCAUGUGUUAAGACAUGUUCUCAUUAUGUUACUGGAAGUCAAGUCGGUGCCACUGAAAAAGCACAUAAAGAUAUGGGUGGCACGGUUGUAGAACCACUUUGGAUGUCAUCACAAGCAUUACUAGUGAAAGCAUCAUUACAUGAUCCUCUUCUUGCUUGUAGCUAUUUAUGUCAUAACGCUACCCGAUCAAAAUUGUGUCUGAAAACAAGGGACGAUGACAGCCAUCAUUUAUUGGCACAUUCUGAUGUGAAAGAACGAACAUCCAAUCUGACGUAUGUUGUUUGCGCAGCAGAGAAUACAAAAGAACUUUAUGAGAAGGCAACUUCUACUCUUUUGAAACCAGAUCUUUCAGUUACUCAAGGUAAACUUUCAAAUGUGGUUAAUGAUGGCGUUUAUUUUGAAUCUGGCCAGGAGCCUUCUCAUCCUAUGACAGAAAAGAAAAAAUUGGCAGAAUCUUGCUCUUUUCUAUUCAAACGUCCUUUGUGGAAUAUUGUUUUUAACAAAGAUGAUGUUGAAAAAGAGUUGAAUCACAUAAAGGAGAUUGGUGGAACAGGAAUAUUAUGUAACAUGAGUGACAUAUUCACUGCAAUUGGAGAUUUCGAAUUACGUAAUGAUUCCAACAUAAACACAAUGACUGUCAUUAAUUCAAUGCAUGGUAUGGGAUUUAAAGUAAUGCUGCCAGUUUCACCCUUUGUAAAUUUUAAUUCUGAUAAUUUCCAAGAAGCAGUUUAUAAAGAUUUUCUCGUCAAAAGUCAGACAAAAGAGGCUCCUGUGCUAACAAAUGUUCCAAUGUUUGGAAAUCGUAUUUAUCCUGGUAUUGUUGAUUUCACAAACCCUGAAACUAAUGGAUGGUUUGCAAAACAUGUCGAUUUUUUUAAAACAAAAUUCAAAAUAGAUUAUAUUCACUUAUUUUUUGGACAAGCCUCAUGGCUCCCAGCACAAUAUAGUUUGCAUAAUCCAUUGCAUAACCCAAGUUUUUAUUCUACAUUAUAUACGAAUGUCGGACGACAAAUUGGGACUUGCACAGUCACUGAUGUUGCAUUUUCAUCGCAAGGGGAUCGCCAGAUCGUUAUGCUUAAAGCAGUAGAUGGUUUAGAAUCUACUAUGAAGUUGGCAUUAGCAUCCGGAUUGGCUGGUUAUCCCUUUUUCAUUCCAAAUCUACCCUUUCGCUUGGCAGAAGUGAGCAUGAUGGGACCAGCUGAUUUAGAAGAUGGUUUUAUUAGAUGGAUCCAACUUGUAUCUUUUUUUCCUGUUGCUCAUAUGCCCUGGGAUUUUGAUGCCCUAAGUAAAGCUGGAGUGAAUUUUACCAGGCUUUCCAGUAUGGUUGAAAAGUGCAUGAAUAUCAGGCAUGGUCCAGUUGUCGGAUCAGCACUGGAAGCUGCCAUGCAAGAUGCAGAUAAAGGUGGCUCAAUACCUAUCAUCUCCCCUUUAUGGAUGGCUGCUAAUGUUCCACCAGUUUCUGAAGGCAAAUUUGAAAUUGAAAGAAUUUAUAAAAUUCAAGAUCAAUUCAUGAUUGGUGAAAAUAUAAUGUUUGCGCCAGCAUUGCAAAUGGGGCAACGUUCUAGAUCUGUAUAUUUUCCUGCUGGCCAGUGGACGGAAUUGAAUAAACCAGGAAGCAAAAUAGGUUCAGAUGGUAGACUUUGGCUUAGUGAUUACAGAGUUGAUUUAGAUGACAUUCUAAUAUUUGUACGUAAAAUUUAACCCUGCUUAGUGUUAUAAAUGUUGUCACAGAUAUUUGUAAUACAAUCGAAUAUCCUAAUAAUUUAUAUUGCAUUUCCCUAAAUAUAAAAUGCAUUCUUUAUCAAAUUAUUUGCCAUGGAUGGUGUAUCUUAAUUGAGUAUUGGCCCAUAGUUGAUUGUAGGUAAAACAAACUCAUUACCUAAUAAAAAUUACAUUCUAUUUUUGAUAGCAGCAUAAAUAUAUUUUAUCACAAAAGCAUGCCAGUUUAUACCGAUCAUAUGUACAUAUGGAAAUGAUGAAUCACAUAUGCCGUUAUCAUGCCAACACAUUUCCUUCUUUUGUGCAAUUCAAUACAUCCUGUUGUAAAUGAUACCACAUACAACUCUGAAGCAAAUAACAUGUGUAAUAUAUUUAACAUAUUUAUAAAGUGCAGUAUGCUUGUUAUUUAUUGUAUUUUUUAACAAUUUUUCUUUGAAAUAGUAUAAAAUGAUAGUAUCCUGAUGAUCUACUGCAAUAUGUUUUCCUUUCCCAGCAGUUCGAUGAAUAUAGUUCCAUUUACCCAAUAUGUUAUCCUAUUUUCAAUGCCAAAAAUAUCCAAACUGCCCCCUGAUUUAACUGUAACAAUUAAACUAUUUUCAUUUCAAGUGAUAAAGCAUUCUGUUAUAUUAAUUAUUGUUAGUGCUGCUGUGCUGCUUUUGGGAUUUUUUUUUAAUCUGAGAAGAUUUAAUUUGUAAAAUUUCAUUUCCUUGGAAUAAGUUUACUUCAAUAACAAAUAUUCAAUGAUCCUGUAUUUGGCACUCUACCCAAGCUAAAAAUUAUUCCCUCUAGUUAAAUUAUGAAUUUUUUCUGUAUUAUCUUAAUUUAUUCCUGUGUGAAGUAUUGAUGCAAACAUUUACAUUAGUAUAUUUGUAAUAAAUAUUAUUUGAUGUGACCAACAACUUUUGUUAUUGCUCUGAAUGUGUCUGUUUUUUUGUUCUGUAAAUGUCUUCCAAUACACAACUUUCUUAAAAAAAAUGAUUGUGAGGCAUGAUGUCACUGCAUUUGUAUACAAUAUUGAUUGGCUGAUAUUUGUGGCAUCAAAUUAAUGCAUUUGAAAAUGCCGCUUAUAGGGUUGAUUUAGCCCAAGAUAAUUUUUUCUAAAUGAAAUUUUAUAAAAUGAAAAAUGUUUGAUUUUUUUUUAUUUCAGAUUGAAAAAAAAUUUUCAUUUGAAAAAUUUUUCUGGUGCAUUGACAAGGCCCAUGAUACACCUCUAAUAUUUUCUUUAUCAUAUAACAGCAUUAUCUUAUAUUUCUUUGCUAAAUCAUCUAGUUACGAUUAACCAUGAUAGGUAUGAGCACAUUAAAAGCGAGCAUUCUAAAAUUGAUCAGCAUCUUGCCAUUUUUUUGACUGCCUAUUACUAACCAUGACAUCUAUAAGUAUAAAAAUUGAUUAUAUCUUGCUAUUUUUAUGACUGCCUGAAUUUUUGCAUUUCUUUUCUUGACUCUAGUGAUUUCAUUAUAUUUUGUCAAUUAUUGCUGAGAACAUAUUGCUUUGAAUUUUUAAUGUUUCUAACAUUGUACCAAAAUACAUGUAUAGCAUAUUAUUGUCCGAGCACACGUGGAUGAACAAUAUAUGAAAUUAGAGAGUCUAAUUAUGGAUAAUGUCAGUUAGUAAUCUACAUACGGUUCAAUAUCUAUAUGUAUUUAUUUUGCAAUCACAUUUUCAUAAUAUACACAUGGAAAAGUAAUUUCUGUAAACUCACUUUUGUGAAUGACAGCUCUAUUUGUUCUGUUUUUAGUUUAGUGAUUACCAGUAUAUAUUUCAAAAUUAAAUCGACCAUGGAAGCAGCCCCUUCUAGACUUAGGUAUGAUAUCCUAUUUGAUUGCAUUCUGAAUUUUGCCAUACUGUUCUCUUUUAUCAUAUUUCAAAUAAUGUCAAGUUAUACCGUUUUUGUUGUGCAAUGAAAAAUAGUUUUCAGAGAUAUUUACAAUUACAUGGUACACGAUAAAACAAUCUCAAUCUCAUAAUUUUCAAUG